AACUUGAUCUGCGGUCACAGGCACUUUGAUUAAUACAGUUUGGAUUGUUUUGGGAACUUGGGAGUGCUACAAUUUUUUAUUUUAUUUUAUUUUUUUUUGUAGUAUGUGCAAUGAGUUCUCUCAGAUAUUUCAACUGUGUCAGUUCGUGAUGGAAAACUCCCAAAAUGCUCCUUUAGUUCAUGCAACUUUGGAAACUUUGCUACGAUUUCUGAACUGGAUUCCUCUGGGAUAUAUAUUUGAGACUAAGUUAAUCAGCACACUAAUAUACAAGUUCUUAAAUGUUCCCAUGUUUCGGAAUGUCUCUUUAAAGUGCCUCACAGAGAUUGCAGGUGUCAGCGUAAGCCAGUAUGAAGAACAAUUUGUAACACUUUUUACCUUGACUAUGAUGCAGUUAAAACAGAUGCUUCCUUUAAAUACCAAUAUCCGACUUGCCUACUCAAAUGGAAAAGAUGAUGAACAGAACUUCAUUCAGAAUCUCAGUUUGUUUCUCUGCACGUUUCUCAAGGAACAUGGUCAACUUAUAGAAAAAAGAUUAAAUCUGAGAGAAACAUUAAUGGAGGCUCUUCAUUAUAUGUUGUUGGUAUCAGAAGUAGAAGAAACUGAAAUUUUCAAGAUUUGUCUUGAAUAUUGGAAUCAUUUAGCUGCUGAGCUCUACAGGGAAAGUCCAUUCUCAACAUCUGCUUCUCCAUUGCUUUCUGGAAGCCAACACUUUGAUGUUCCUCCAAGGAGACAGCUUUAUUUGCCUGUAUUAUCCAAGGUUCGAUUGCUAAUGGUUAGCCGUAUGGCUAAACCUGAAGAAGUGCUAGUGGUGGAAAAUGAUCAAGGGGAAGUAGUACGUGAAUUCAUGAAGGAUACCGAUUCCAUAAACUUAUAUAAAAAUAUGAGGGAAACAUUGGUGUAUCUUACACAUCUGGAUUAUGCAGACACAGAACGAAUAAUGACUGAAAAACUUCAUAAUCAAGUGAAUGGGACAGAAUGGUCAUGGAAAAAUUUGAAUACCCUCUGCUGGGCUAUUGGCUCAAUCAGUGGAGCAAUGCAUGAAGAAGAUGAAAAAAGAUUCCUUGUUACAGUAAUUAAGGAUCUCCUAGGGCUCUGUGAACAAAAGAGAGGAAAAGACAACAAAGCCAUUAUUGCAUCAAAUAUAAUGUAUAUAGUAGGCCAAUACCCACGUUUUUUGAGAGCUCACUGGAAGUUCUUGAAGACAGUAGUCAACAAGCUAUUUGAGUUUAUGCAUGAAACCCAUGAUGGUGUUCAGGAUAUGGCUUGUGAUACCUUCAUAAAAAUAGCACAAAAGUGCCGCCGACAUUUUGUUCAGGUUCAAGUGGGAGAAGUAAUGCCUUUCAUUGAUGAAAUCUUGAACAAUAUAAAUACAAUCAUCUGUGACCUUCAACCACAACAGGUGCACACGUUCUAUGAAGCAGUAGGAUACAUGAUUGGGGCACAAACAGACCAGACUGUACAGGAGCAUCUGAUAGAAAAAUACAUGUUGCUCCCCAAUCAAGUAUGGGACAGCAUAAUUCAACAGGCAACAAAAAAUGUUGAUAUUCUGAAGGAUCCCGAAACAGUUAAGCAGCUUGGUAGCAUUCUGAAAACCAAUGUGAGAGCGUGUAAAGCAGUUGGCCACCCCUUUGUGAUUCAGCUUGGAAGAAUUUAUUUAGAUAUGCUGAAUGUGUACAAGUGCCUAAGUGAAAAUAUUUCUGCAGCUAUUCAAGCUAAUGGUAAGAAAUUCCAUGUUUUUCUUAAUGGGACUGGCAGUGCAUGUCAUCAGGUUUCAAAUUUGUUAUACCUGAGCUUAUCUUAUUGUGUGUACAUUGGUGGAGUUGUUUGUUUGUUGUUUCUUUGUGUGUCUGUUUGGGCAAGAGAAUGACUGAAAAUGUGCUUGCUUCGAUUAUUAUGUUAACCAGGUGUUUUAUUCAGAGAAACUCUUGAUUCUGGAAGGAGGGAAGCUAUAAGCAUGAGUUUAGGAAGGAUGCAAGAGACCGUUGACCAAUAGCAGUCUUGCAGAGA